AUGAAACUGUCUUACACAUCCCUGCUCUCAAUCGCUUCGUUGUUGGUCAGCGUCCACGCGUCCGACAAUGACGAGGACUGCUCCACAACGGUCAACUACCACAUGCACCACCAGCACAAAAGAGCUCUUGCCUAUGACUACCUCUAUGUCACCGUCACCGUCGAUGGCGAUGGCAACACCUACCAAGAGUCCGUGACCUCCCACGUGCCAAUUCCAACCGUUUCCCAACAGGCUGUCACCCCAAAAGCACUCCCAUCAGCCUCAUCUUCCCAGGAAGCCCCAUCCUCCUCUUCUGCAUCCUCCUCAGGCUCGAGCGCCUCCUCCACUCCUUCGUACUCGUCCUCCAUGACAGGCGACUUGUCUCCAUACUCCAACCCAACGGAAGAGUUCCAAGACGGUGUCGUUCCUUGCUCCACCUUCCCUGGUGGUCAAGGUGUUUUGGCAUUAGACUACCUGGGCUUCGGCGGUUGGUCGGGCUUGUAUCACGAUGAUACCUCCACCGGCGGUUCAUGUGAAGACGGCACCUACUGCUCUUACUCUUGUCAGGCAGGUAUGUCGAAAACACAAUGGCCUUCCAACCAACCCGCUAACGGUGUUUCUGUUGGUGGUCUAUACUGUAAGAACGGUUACCUCUAUAGAACCAACACCGACACUAGCUACCUAUGUGAGUGGGGUAUUGAUUCCGCCAGAGUUGUUUCCGAGCUUGACCAGACUGUCGCCAUCUGCAGAACUGAUUACCCAGGUACCGAAAACAUGGUUCUUCCAACCAUUGUUGACGGUGGUUCCGAAAACUACCUGACUACUGUUGAUGAAGACAGCUACUUCACCUGGAGAGGUUUGAAGACAUCUGCUCAAUAUUACGUCAACAAUGCAGGUGUUUCUCAGACUGACGGUUGUGUUUGGGGUACUGCAGGUUCCGGUGUUGGUAACUGGGCCCCAUUGAACUUCGGUGCUGGUUACACUAAUGGUAUUGCUUACUUAUCUUUGAUUCCAAACCCUAACAACAAACAAGCUGCUAACUUCAACGUUAAGAUUGUUGCCUACGAUGAUUCCAGUUCCGUUAACGGUGAAUGUGUUUACGAAAACGGUUCUUACAACGGUAACGGUGCCGACGGUUGUACCGUAUCUGUUACCUCAGGUAAGGCCAAGUUCGUCUUGUACAAUUAG